AUGGCAGCGACAGCCGCUCCAUCGCUACCGUCCAUACCAUCGGGAGCAUUCAGCUUGGUAGUUAAUGGCCAGAUCGAGUCUGCCUAUUUUCCUGGCAUGGACCACCUGUAUUGUAAAUUUAGCUUUACGAACGGACCAGACUGGGUCUUAUUAUCGGGAUUGGAGGAAGGAAUCACACAAAUGUCCAGAAAAUCAACGGGACUACCCAGCACGAAAGAGACGAUCCCGCCGAAUUCAAAGAUUUGUGUAUUUAACUUUCCGAUUGAGAUUGCUUUCAAGUCUACAAACGCUUUUGGAUGGCCACAAAUGGUCUUAUCCGUGUAUGGACUGGAUGCGAUGGGAAGAGAUGUGGUCCGUGGGUAUGGAAGUAUUCGACUUCCAUUGAGUCCUGGCAGAUUUACAAAGGAAGUACCAAUGUUUGUACCUGUCUCAUCAUCGGCAUUGGGUGGAUUCUUGUCUUGGGCAACUGGACAAUUACCAGAAUUCCUGGAUCCCAAGUUUGUUGCAACGAAUGAAGGACGAGAAGUAACGAGGGUUCGGAGUCAAGGAACUGUUCGAGUAACUUUCAACGUAAUGGUCAAGGACUUGGUUUACAAUCUAGCAAGCAAUCCGCCACGAACUGUCAAGGGCUCAUUAUAUUUGAAUGGCGUGCGAGCAUGGAAGGGAAUUCCUUAUGCUGCUCAACCCGUCGGACCAUUGAGGUUUAAGCCUCCAUCACCUCCUACCAACUUGACCAACAAUCCGUAUAUUGCCACCAGUUUUGGAGCUGCUUGUGCACAGAAGUCUGGAAUCCUGACUCCUGUCAUUGAUGAGGCAUGUUUGUUUCUCAAUAUAUAUGCACCUGGAAACAUUCCAGCCAAUACUGUAUAUCCAGUGAUGGUCUGGAUACACGGUGGAGGAGAUACGACUGGUUCUGGUGGUGCUCCAUUCUCUGGAGAAGUUCUGGUCAAUCAUGCUGCUUCACCUGUAGUAGUGGUGACAAUCAACUAUCGAUUGAACGUCUUUGGCUUCCUAGCUGGUUCUGAUCUGCUGGCUCAGGGCGCCACGAAUAUUGGAUAUCUCGAUCAGCAGUUUGCUUUCAAGUGGGUUCAAAAGUACAUCAGGCAGUUUGGAGGCGAUCCCUACUCUAUCACAGCCUUUGGUGAAUCUGCUGGAGCUCUUUCCAUUGGUUCGCACCUAAUCGCCAGCAAUGGUAGACAGACUAUGUUCCAUCGAGCGAUUUUAGAAUCUGGAAGCUCUCUUUCUGGUGCCUAUUUCAACGCUGAUGCACCAGUACCCACAAGCACCUAUAAUACGAUUGUGGCUAAUGCGGGCUGCUCGAAGGCUGCUGAUAAAAUCAAUUGCUUGAGGACGUUGAAAUGGCAGGACUUGUUUGCGGCAAUUCCUUCCAACGCUUCUUUUGGACCUGUAAUCGAUGAACUAUAUCUAAACAAUAAGCCCAGAGUCGCUUUCGCAAACCAACUAUUUAGUAAAAUACCAGUCAUCAUCGGCACCAACACCAAUGAGGGAACGCUUUUCGUACCGUCAAGCCUUAUCUUGUCGUUUUCUCAAACAGAUUUCAAUAAUUGGUUUACGCAAAGUCUGAAUAGUCAACUUGGGCCUAACGUUGCCUCAGCCCUGUCGACCGUCAGCACUUUAUACCCACUCUCUUCGUACGGAGGAUCUGCAUUUAGCGCUGCUGCCACAGUUUUUGGAGAUGCUGGAUUUGCUUGUCCCGCCAGAGCUGUACUAAAGGCAUAUGCUUCUGCAGGAGUGCCUGCAUGGAAGUAUCGAUUCAAUCAAGUGAUUACAGAAUUUGCUGCAAUUCAGCCUAUCUUCGGUGUCUUCCAUGCUGCAGAACUACCCCUCGUGUGGGGAACCCCCGGUACAUUACUGACUCCACUAGAGCUCUUGCUCUCUGAUGCCAUGAUGAAGCGAUGGACCAAUUUUGCUGUGUAUGGAGACCCGAAUGGCCUGGUCAGCAAUGGAGCAAACUGGCCACAAUACACUGCCGUGAAUGGCAAACAGCAAGUUUUCCAAGAGACAUUGUUGGGAUUCACGAAUGAGCUUGAUAACUUAAGGGCUGCUCAAUGUGACUUUUGGGCUACGACGAAUGUCAUUGACCAUUGA